GGUUAGCUCAUUUAUAAUGUGCGCUCCACCGCCUCGAGCCAUGGCGAUGGUCACAACGGCCGAUCCUUGCCAUAGCCACGCCGAUCGCGAAAUUCUCGGCAAGAUUUCCACCAGGUACGUGUUCUAGCUUGCUAUCUUCCAUGUCUGGAUUAUUCCCUGGUUUGCCAUGGCUGAAUAGAACGUUUCUCCACGCUAACGGUGGAGAUUAGCUCGGUGGCGAAAUGCUAGCGGCUGAGAUGCGUCCAGGUGGCAAACUGAACACGCGCAAGGAAAACGCAGGGCUUUGCGGGAGGAGCGCAAGAGCCAGCGAGAGAAGAAUGGCGAGCUUUUUUGGGAUGACAAAGCUGGGGACUCGGCACCUUUUUGACGUGAGUUCCAGGCGGAGGGAACUGGAGAACAAGCCCAAGCCCAAGCGCAGAUCCAUUGCCAGCGUCCCUGUCGACGACUUCAUCGCAGCUUUUGAAACCAGAGCUUCCCACAAUCUCUCGCACACGGUUCGUGCGGUCCAGCUGCCGGAGAUUGUCGAGCGUUGCGUGGGGCGGAAGCUGGAUCCCAGGGAGCUAGAGCUGUUUCUCAGGCAUUUUGAUAUUCGAGCUGGCAACAUAAGGCUGGACGAGUUCAGGAGAGGGCUCCAAAAAUUUCACGCCGAGCAAGACCACGCGAUCCAGUUUGCCGAGCGGGCAAAAACUCCUGGUGAAGACUUGGCGAGAUUUGGCAGAUACUCCCAUCUCCAGCUCAAAGAAAGGAGACGUCGGGACACUCGCAAUGACUUUGGACCCAUGGACGUACUACAAUAUCCGCUCACAGCAAACCAGCAAUACGGGUGGGGCAUCGACACGCGCGUGAGAGCCAGGGACGUCUUCCGCCCUCAUUCAUCCACCGACGUCACAAGAUCAGAGGGCAUUUGCCUGGCGAGUUACUAUCUGGUGUGACAAUCGCGAGAUCACUGUCUCAUCGCUCUAUGGUGAGUACUACUCGUAUUGAUCAGUAGAGCACAGAGCUCUAGCAGUCCGCAGUUUCUUUCCGCUUUUCUUUGAAACAGUUUUUUCUGUGAUAAUGGGAUUUAUAACAUCUUUACCGUCGUGUUUC